AUUUAUCGUAGUUUGACCAAUGGACAACGAUGCGAAUGCGGACAGCUCUGCGCGUGCUGCCCCUCAUGGCCUUGUACGCUUUGAACCCAGGUCCACUGAUACAGGGGCCCAUGUGCUUCAGAGGCUUUGCGCGGCCGAGGACCCCCCCGCUGCACUUUGCCACUUGGGAUGGAAGAACAUAUUGAGCUGAUCAAGGAGCUGAGGAAGGAUAGAAGUGCACCGGUUGACUCGAUGGGAGUUCGUGCUAUUCACAACACGUCCAAGGACUCGUACGAGACGCUCGUGGCCUUGAUUCUUUCAACGCGGACAAAGGAUUCCGCAACUUAUGAGACAAUCCAAGUGCUGCGACAUCAUGGGCUAACACCCCUCAACAUUCUCAAAACUCCGGCUUUGACUCUGACAAGUCUGCUGGCCAAGGUGAACCACCGGAAUCGAAAAGCUUCCUACUUGCGGGAGAUGUCGGAGAUGUUGAUGAACAACUUUGGUGGCAGAGUUCCAGACCAGGAAUGGCAGCUGAGGAAACUCAAAGGUGUGGGCGAAAAGAGUGCCUUGCUGUACUUGCAGACUGUUACGGGCAAGGUGACAGGAAUUGCUGUGGAUGCUCACUUGCACUCGAUUGCAAACUGGCUCAGCUGGGUGGAAACCAAGCGUCCUCACCAAACCCGGAAGAAGCUGGAGCAGCGUUUGCCACGAACGUUGUGGGGUCCAAUCAACCCGCUGGUGGUUGGCUUUGGCCAGGAGCUUGCCCGAGAAAAGCAGAAGAUCCUGCACAAAUGCCUUCGCUCAAGCAACCCAAGUUUGGCGUUGCAAAUGCUUUGUGCGUGCGGAAUGGAUGUCAGAAAACAGUUGAGGCAGCAACAUACGAGCUGUUUUCCGGAAGCUUUUUCUUGUUUGAGGCUGGCAAAAGGCGGGAUGGAAGUUGAGGAUGAGAUUCUGAGACAUUUGAAGUGGACCGCAGAGGGAGGUGACCUAAAACUUGGUCACCAGACAUUCCCCUCCAUCAUUUGGAAGACUUCCGCAGGAAAAGACCUUAGUUGGGGCAUCGUGCUCCCCAAUCUGCAUGAGUCAGGGUUGAUGAAAGGUCACACCAUCGUGAAACCAACUAGCUGUUGCCAGCUGGAGUUGUCUUUGCCUUAGAAAUAGGCUGCCCAUGACGAAACCAUACCACAUCACCAGCGUUGACCAGCAUAGCAACCGCUUGAACAAGGCUUGCCACUUCACUGGCAGUGGGCGCAUUCACAAUCGGCUGUAGCGCCACCGCUCGUGACUACCCUCAACACGCUGCGCCUGCGAUACUCGGGUUGCUGGUCAUCACCUCUUUAUAGAGAUACUUUCGCCCACCCCGCUAGCCUUAAGCCUCAAGUGAUGCCAGGUUACUUGGUCGACGUCCAGAGACUGUUACCAUUGCUGUUGCCCAAGUAGAUGAUGCUCACGCGCAGGCAAUGACAAUGGACGCUCAGUGUCGCCGUUGUCUGUGGGCUCUUCAGUGAUGGAGGA